AUGAAGAGCACGGUUCAGAUGAACCGAGCGAUACAGGUGAAACCUGCGGACAGCGAGAAUAGAGGAGAUCGCAAGCUGUUCGUUGGCAUGCUCAGCAAACAACAAACAGAGGAGGAUGUGCGCCAGUUGUUCACUCCGUUCGGUACAAUAGAGGAGUGCUCCAUACUACGAGGACCGGACGGUGCGAGUAAAGAACAAAUUGAAGAAGCAAGUUCGUUACUGUUUGAAUCUAUUCCUGUCGAGCAUCGUAAAACAAGCAGGAAAGGGAAAGGAAAGGAAGCGCGAACUCUGUAUGACAUAAUUAGUCUUCUCAAGAGAACAGAACCAGACAUUCUACCGGUAUAUGUGGCACGGAACCUUGAAAUUUUGCCCCCAAUCGGAGUCGAUCAUCUGGAUAUCUCGAAACUUUUGAAGGAUUUAACGAUGGUGCAAGCCGAAAUUAAAAAUAUAAAAGCUUCAUACGUAACCAAAGACCAGCUACAGGAGGUGAAAAAAGAAUGCUUGGGUUCGAAGUCAGCUUCACCGCCGUUUUCAGCUGUUAAAGUCAACAUGCGAAGGGGGGCUUAUAGAAAUAGCGGGCCUAUGGGCUUAUCUCUAAAUGAUACCAUUAUAUCGAAUUCCGGCGAGCAAAUGGAGUGUGAUAUUCAAUCCCAAAAGUCCUGUGAACUUAACAAAUACAGAAGUUUAAUAAUUACAAAUCAUGCUGAGGGUAUGUCCUUAAAAUCGAGUGAGAACAUAACGGCCGAUCGUAGCGGCUCGAGCGGAGACCGCUGGGACCCCGCGGAACGCGGUAGCGGCGGGGGGAAGGACGCAUCGCUCCGAUCGCCGGCACCGACCGAAGCUAACCCGAGCGUAGACGUCAACGCAUUAAAUAAUAUACAGUCGGCGAAUACACUAUCCUUUGCCGAGGUUAUGAAUUCAGACGGCGAAUGGAAAUUGGUUCAGCGGCGGAAGCAUAAUACUAAGAUGUAUAGAUACCUCGGGUGCGCGUUUGUCAAAUUCAGUUCACACCAGGAGGCCCAAGCAGCCAUCACUAGUCUUCACGGCAGUCAGACUAUGCCGAGGACCCUCAACACAAUGGGUCAGUUAGAAUUGGAAUUCACAAAUACUCGAGGCCUAUCAGACGCACACGUAGUAGCACAGCCUCGAGACACGAUUUCGUUUGAUCUCCUAUUAGGCGGUUUGAGGCCCAGAAAUGUUAAGCGUUUUCUUGGAGAUUUUUCGACCAAAUCUGUUCAGAGAAAUCUGUUUCGGACCAUUAACGGUCAGGGCGGGAUCGUUCCUGAUUUUAAUAUGGCUAUUGUACUUGUUGCAUCGGUUCGCUUCACCUGCCUCCGGGCCGACGCUUGCAUUUUUAAGGACGCUUGGGCCUCAUUUUCUGAGGUGUUGUAUGCUUUGCUAAUGUUCACGUUUACCUCACAGCCUAUUAAAAGCGGAGCCUCAUCGAGCCUGGUAGUAAAAUUCGCCGACACGGAGAAGGAACGUCAACUUCGUCGCAUGCAGCAAAUGGCCGGCAACAUGAGUCUGCUGAACCCGUUUGUUUUCAAUCAAUUCGGAGCUUAUGGAACUUACGCUCAGGUCAUCACUGAGCAAGUUGACCUACAGCAACAAGCGGCAUUGAUGGUGGCCGCUACCGCCCAAGGCUAUAUCAGUCCCAUGACAGCGCUCGCGUCCCACGCCCUCAACGGAAUGGCUAAUUCCGUGGUGCCAGCAACUUCUGAUAACUUUACAGGACUCGCGAUAGGCACGGGUGGCGGCCAGCCACUUAAUGGAGCGCUUCCAUCUCUGCCAUCGCCGACGAUGCCUGGCUUCAACAUGGCAGCUCAGACAAAUGGGCAGCCACCACCGCAAGAGGCGGUCUAUACUAAUGGCAUCCACCAGACAUUUACUGGACCCGUGCCAGUGACAGCACAGGGCAUCCCUAACGGCGAGGCAGCUCUGCAACACGCAGCUUACCCCAGCAUGCAGCCCUUCCCCGGCGUCGCUUAUCCAGCGGUUUAUGGGCAGUUUCCGCAGCCCAUCCCACCGCCGAUGUCGACUAUAGCACCAGCGCAAAGAGAAGAUUUUCUCGUGUUUCCAGGAUGCUCCAUUUCGGGGCCUGAGGGCUGUAACCUGUUCAUAUAUCACUUGCCGCAAGAAUUCGGCGACGCUGAACUGAUGCAGAUGUUCCUCCCGUUCGGGAAUGUAAUAAGCAGCAAGGUGUUCAUUGAUCGUGCCACCAAUCAGAGCAAAUGUUUCGGCUUUGUAUCGUUCGAUAACCCGACCUCAGCCCAGGCAGCCAUUCAAGCAAUGAAUGGCUUCCAGAUCGGCAUGAAGCGGCUAAAGGUGCAGCUCAAACGGCCCAAGGAUGCCAACCGGCCUUACUAA